GCUCCUGGGUCAGCAGGGCUGGCGCCUGGCCACCAAGUCGCCCUGAGUUGGAGGGGGCCGUGGGGGGUCGGGGCUGGGCUUCAGAAUCUGGGGAACACCUGCUACGUGAAUGCAGCGCUGCAGUGUCUGAGCCACACGCCGCCCCUGGCCAGCUGGAUGGUGUCCCAGCAGCACGCCACCCUCUGUCCGGCCCGCACCUCCUGCACGCUCUGUGCCAUGCGAGCUCACGUGACCCGAGCCCUCCUUCACCCGGGAGAGGUGAUCCUGCCCCACAAGGACCUGCUGGCGGGCUUCCACACACACCGGCAGGAAGAUGCCCACGAGUUUCUGAUGUUCACUCUGAAUGCCAUGCAGCAAGGGUGCUUGAGUGCAUCCCAGCCGUCGGGCCAUCCCUCCGAGGACACCACCCUCAUCCGGCAGAUCUUCGGCGGGACGUGGAGGUCUCAGAUCCAGUGUCUCCACUGCCUCGGUGUCUCGGACACGUUCGACCCUUAUCUGGACAUCAGCCUGGAUAUCACGGCGGCUCAGAGUGUGGAGCAAGCUCUGAGAGAGCUGGUGAAGCCCGAGAAGCUGGACGCUGAAAACGCCUAUGACUGUGGCCUUUGUCUCCGCAAGGUGCCUGCCACCAAGAGGUUGACUUUGCACAGCACGUCCCAGGUCCUGGUGCUGGUGCUGAAGCGGUUGACACAGGUGAGCGGGGCCAAAAGGGCUCAGGAAGUGCGCUAUCCCCAGUGCCUCGACCUGCAGCCCUACACGUCUGAGCGGAAGGCAGGGCCACUGGCCUACGUGCUCUAUGCCGUGCUGGUGCACUCCGGGUGGAGCUGUGAGCGAGGACACUACUUUUCCUACGUGCGAGCGGGCAACGGCCAGUGGUAUAAGAUGGACGAUGCCAAGGUGAGCGCCUGUGACGCGAGUGCUGCCCUGAGCCAGAGCGCCUACGUGCUCUUCUACUCCCCAGCCGAGCAAGGAGAGGAUCUCCUGAGCCCUCCAGGGGGCAGGGAGGAGCGGGUGCAGCCCGGGGAGCCUGCGGGAGACGCCAGCGGCAGAGCUCCUGGGUCGCAGGUGUCCCCGGGGGACACAGAGGUCGAAGGAAUCAGCUUAGAGCAGUGGAGACGCCUCCAAGAGCACAAGCGGCCGAAGCCGGCCUUCGACCUCCGGAAGAUCCAGUCGACCCUGCCUGCCGGCGCAGUCGUGAUUCAC